CUUUAUCUGCAGCCUCGACUUGGGGAUCCAUCUCAUCCAACGCUCCCGUGCUCGGUAGAGCAGUGUGAAGGAGCCUUCUCAACGAAUCGCUCGCACCGAAGGCGGGAUCCGUCGUGAGAAUGUUUCGGCUUCGGAACCUCGUCGCACUCUCAACUCUGUUCGGACUUUGUGUCUCGCAGAAACCAGUGGACGUGUUCCUGUCUGCUAUCCGAAACGGUGAUGAUAUCAGCCUGGUGCCCGGUAAGCCACCGGGAGCCUUAGCCUGGGCCAGUUACCAGAACUCGAUCACCAAGGAAGGGUGGUCGUACCUCGAAAUAAGGACAAACCCCUCCUAUGAAGAUGAGGUCACGGCCUACGCUGCGGGGGCUCUGGAAGGAACUCUCAGUCGCGAUCUGAUAAGGAAUCAUUCCAAGAAUAUGUUCGGUGACUACUGCGUGAACAAUGCGGAAUACUGUGUCAAACUACGGACCUACUUCACGAGACAGCUGAAGUUCAUGAAUGAGCGAUCUCUGGAAGAACGCUAUAGGUCUCCCUUCUGGAAUCAGGUGUAUCUGAUUCUGAAACAAAUGGCGGGCAUAAGGGACGGCUACAGCCAGGCGAUGCUGAAUGCCAGCGGGGGAUACGAGGACCUGGAUUUUCUCUAUUUCAUAAACAAUGAGGGAGCCCUCUUCGACUUGGAAUCGGUUUUCGGACGGGUCCCGGACAACAACAGCAUCAGCUUGAUCUCGCCGUGUUCGCUCCUCGUCAAGAUUGCGGAGAAGGACGUCAUAAUCGGUCAUAGCGCAUGGACUUCUUAUCGAACCAUGCUCCGAGUUCAGAAGAAAUACAUGAUGCCCUUCGAGGUCUAUCAUGGUGCUGGGUAUCGCGUCCCAGGCCAUUCGAUCUCGAUGUCUUCAUAUCCGGGGAAAUUGAACUCCAUGGAUGACUUCUACGUAGUUUCGACCGGUCUUGCCGUCUCCGAAACCACGAAUAAUGUUUUCAACAAGGCACUGUUUCUCGACCUCGGAACCGAAACUGUACCCACGGGUUUUCGAGCAAUGGUCGCGAAUCGGCUCGCAAAAGAUGGACGUCACUGGACCCGGACAUUCGAGAAACACAGCAGCGGUACUUACAACAACCAAUGGGUGGUUCUCGAUUACAACAAAGUCGAGCUGACAGCUGCGGGAGUGACUCUGGCCAACGAAGCUUUCUGGAUUCUCGAGCAACUACCGACGCUUAUCGUAGCCCAAGACAUGACAGAAGUUCUUCAAAGCCAAGGUUACUGGGCGAGCUACAACGUCCCGUAUUUUCCGGCGAUUUACAACGAGAGCGGUUAUGAAGCCAAAUUCCGCGAGCACGGAGAUUUUUACGGUCAUGACAGCUGUCCGAGAGCGAAAAUUUUCAGAAGAGACGAGUUCAGAGUUUCUGACGCUGCUUCGAUGAUGUCCCUCCUCAGAUACAACGACUACAAGGAGGACCCUCUGAGUCGAUGCAACUGCACUCCCCCCUACAGCCCAAGCUACGCGAUCGCUUCCCGUUACGAUCUAUUCGAGAAAGAUGGUCACUACGACCACGAGGGCAUGAAACUGGGAGCAGCCGGAGCGAUCGAUGCCAAAGUCGCUGAUGCGAGAUCGAUACGUGACUUCAGCUUCCUCGCGAUCUGUGGACCGACGAAUGAUAUCCAGCCGACGUUCUCGUGGAGCGAGUCAGUGUUCAGCCAAAGACCUCUUGGACACCCAGACGUAUUCGAUUUCAAGCCUGUCCGGCAUAAGUGGACUCUCUAAAUGCUUGGGCACUCACUGUGAUCCCUAGAGAGACAUUGAUAAUCGAAAUAUGCAUGAUUGAUCUACGACUCUUAGGGCUGUAGUGCGGAGGAUCGAGAGCAGGCUCUGGAAAAUGGUAUUUCGAAGGAUGCAUAUCGAUAUGCUCGUGCGCAAUCUUCUGCGUACGAAUGUUUUUUUCCUGAUGAUGCAUGACGUGCCUUCAGCCCUCUGUGAGAACAGGGAGUUCUCGACCGCGCCCACAACUUUUCUAUGAAUCAUCCUGUCAAAUAAAAUAUUCAGCAGACGACUCUAGA